AUGUCAGCCACGCCGCUCGAAAUCGCUGCCAGUGCUGUCCAAGCGAGGCAGCGCAUCCGCCAACACAUCUACCAGACGCCUCUCAUUCCAGCAAAGAAAACAGGCAUCAAUCAUGGCGCCAAAGUCUUCUUCAAGGCUGAGAAUUUCCAGCUCACUGGGUCGUUCAAACUCCGAGGGGCCAUGUCCAAGAUGUCGAAUCAGACCGGCAACAGUCCCUUGAUCACCGCAUCAUCGGGCAACCACGGUAUUGGCUCCGCAAAGGCUGCGAGUAUCCUGCACAAGUCUCUCACCGUCGUCCUUCCAGAGACAGUCAUUCCUUCAAAACGAAAGAAGAUUGAGGUGUUCGGCGUCAAGGUCAUCCUCUACGGUUCGGAAGCAGGAAAGGCGGAGCAGCAUGCACAGAAGCUUGCCACGUCCGGCGAGUACACGUACGUUUCGCCCUACAAUGACGCCGACAUUGUAGCAGGCCAGGCCACAAUCGGCCUCGAGAUUCUGGAGCAGUGCGACCACGUUGACAAUGUUUUUGUCUCUAUGGGAGGCGGUGGGCUCAUCAGUGGUAUUGGGUCCGUUCUCAAAGCCUUCAGCCCGCGGACCAAGAUUUUCGGCGUUUCUGCUACAAACUCGAAAACUCUAGCUGAUUCCAUCGUUGCUGGUGAAAUCAUCGAGACGGAUCAUCUACCGACGCUGGCAGAGGGUGUUGCUGGCGGGAUAGACGAGGACAGCAUCACCCUGCCGUUGGCGUCGGCAGUGGUGGAUCAGGUCAUUGAAUGUAAUGAGGUGGAAAUCGCUGCGGCCAUGAGGAGCAUUGCGUUUGAUGAGACUAUGAUAGUUGAAGGGUCUGCCGGUUUGGCUCUGGCGGGCUUCGACAAAGUUGCGCACCAACUAGGGGCCCAGACAAGCAUUAUCCUCUUGUGUGGUGCAAACGUCGACGCCAACACUAUCAAGGAGGUCCUGUACCGCAGUUGA